UCACCCUGUACCCCUAACAGGCACAGGGUGACUUACAUAUAUUAGGGAUAUGGGGAGCUGAGACAGGGGUCUCCCCCCACCUCUCCAAAGUGAGCUGUGUUCCAUGGGCCCCCCACCCAAAGGGACUCCCGUUAGGGAAGAGGUAAGUUUAGAUCUGCUUUACCACUUUGUGAGGGCGUUGGUGAUGCCAGAGCCUAGUAGGAGAGGCUCACGAUCACGUGGCACGGUAAUUGGCCGGACAAUGAUGACAUCAUCAGGAGCCCGC